UCAACGGCAUGCGAGAGCGCGGCAGGAGCGAUAGUCUGCGCGCUCGUCAUGUUGGCUAGGAGCGCGCGCCGCCGAGUUUCGUCGCCGCGAGCCCCGCAGCUGCAGCUCCGUGCGCCCAUGGCCCGGGCCUCCUCCACGUGCCGCCAACUCGGACACUAGGAGAGUGCGCCCGCGCCCGCGUCUAGCCCCGACCCCGGUGUGUCCUCGUUAUCAGCGAAGGUGCACCUCCGUGGUUUCCUCCAGGCGACAUUGGCGGCCCGUUUCGCCCGCUGAGGCCCAGUUGAGUCGAGGAGCCGAGCCUCCGAGUUCCGUCCUCCGCGUGUGCCCGACGAGGACGAGCCACUAGCAUCACGGGGGAGAGCAGUGCUUCCGUCGACUCCUCGCCACCACGACUUGGAUGGAUACCGUGCAUUAUUUCUGGAGUGCACCCACGUCGACGUCAUCCUGACCUGCCAGAGAAAUCCUCAUGAAAGACUGGGAACUCAGUACUCAGAAUAGCAUCGGCAGUGCGGUGGCUGCAGCCGACACCAUUUCUUCACCGUGGACUCCCGCAAGUUCCGGGCCGCCGCCCGACGCCAACGGCACCGGCUCGGAUACGAAAAAUCUCGACGUUGGCGACAUCAGCGAUGAUGAAAAGGACCUAUCGGCGGCGGACGCCGAGGGCGUUUGGUCGCCGGAUAUCGAGCAGAGCUUCCAGGAAGCACUCACCAUAUAUCCACCAUGCGGUCGUCGCAAAAUCAUCCUGUCCGACGAGGGAAAGAUGUACGGUCGCAAUGAACUCAUUGCUCGAUAUAUCAAGUUGAGAACAGGCAAAACGAGAACGCGAAAGCAAGUAUCUUCACACAUUCAAGUUCUUGCUAGAAGAAAAUUGCGGGAGAUCCAGGCGAAGCUUAAAGUGCAAUUCUGGCAGCCGGGCUUGCAGCCGGGCACAUCCCAGGAUGUCAAGCCCUUCCCCCAGCCGGCGUACACCGGGAAGCCGGCGACGGCCGUGUCCAGCGGAGAGAUGGUGCAGACCCAGCCGCCACCACCCUGGGAGGGCCGAGCCAUCGCCACGCACAAGCUCAGGCUUGUCGAGUUCUCCGCAUUCAUGGAACAGCAAAGAGAUCAAGAUAACUACCACAGGCACCUAUUCGUCCACAUAGGCGGCUCGGCGACCUACACCGAUCCUCUCCUCGAGGCCGUCGACGUCAGGCAGAUAUACGACAAAUUCCCGGAGAAGAAGGGCGGCCUCAAGGAGCUGUACGACAAGGGUCCGCAGGCCGCCUUCUUCCUCGUCAAAUUCUGGGCUGAUCUCAAUACCAACAUCCAGGACGAGGCCGGGGCGUUCUACGGCGUUACGAGCCAGUACGAGAGCAACGAGAACAUGACGAUAACGUGUUCGACAAAGGUCUGCUCGUUCGGCAAGCAGGUCGUCGAGAAAGUGGAGACGGAGUACGCAAGGUUCGAGAACGGAAGGUUCGUCUAUCGCAUAAGCCGUUCGCCCAUGUGCGAGUAUAUGAUCAACUUCAUUCACAAGCUGAAGCACCUGCCGGAAAAGUACAUGAUGAACAGCGUCCUCGAAAACUUUACCAUCCUGCAGGUCGUGACUAACCGGGAUACUCAAGAAACGUUACUCUGCACAGCGUACGUCUUCGAGGUCUCGACGUCUGGACACGGUGCUCAGCAUCACAUAUACAGACUAGUCAAGGAUUAGCCUUGAUAAUUCUGCUCGCCGUGCAGCCAUCCACCCCCAUCAGUGCCUAUCACAAACACUAAUCACGUACACGGGCUCGCCGCGAACGCGCUACUUGGCGUCGCCGUAACGAGCGCGAACG